AUGGAUUUUAGUCAGAGCAAUUUGUUUGGAUACAUAGAAGACCUGCAGGAACUAACUAUUAUGGAGAGGCCGGUACGCAGGAGCCUGAAGACACCAGAAGAAAUAGAAAGAUUGACAGUUGAUGAAGAACUCAGUGAUACUGAAAGGGCUGUUUAUCUGCUCAGUUCUGGCCAGGAUAUCCAAGGAACAAGUGUGGUGGCAAAUCUUCCAGUUCUGAUGCGACAGAAUCCUGCAGAAACACUUCGUCGGGUUUUACCAAAAAUCAGA